AAGACGCGCAGGGAAGUCGACGAUUUUUCCCGCUACCGUCGUCGUCGUUGUCGCUGUCGUCGUCUUCGUUGCCAUCGUUGUCGGCUGGGAUCAUUCGCAUCGUCGAUCAGGUGAUCAGGUGCGUCGCUGGGCUGCCGACAAAUAUGCGGAAAGUGUGGACGAAGGGUGCUUGAAGAUGCAGCUUCGAUCGGCCUCAAGCAGAACGGCAAACCAACCUCCUCGUCUUCGUCGUGUCGCUCCUCGUCGUCGUGACGGGACGUCGUUACCGCUCUCUGGCCUGCGAAUCGGUCCCGCGGGGCCCGAAACCGCCGAGGGAUGCUCGCAGAAAUGGUCCGGCUGUCCUACCAACACAAGGCGUUCUACUGCUACGUGAUCCUGAGCGUAUGGAUCUUCCUGCUGGUCGCUGGUAUGUACAAAUAUAUCGGCGUAGACGAGAAAACCUCGGUGCAAACAAGAGUUUUAAGCAACGACUUCUCGCUUCGAGAGUUCCCGAGAAAUUUAAAGCCGGACGCAAAGACAAAGAAGAUCUUCCGUUUCUGCAAUUUACCGCACGAGAUAGUCGCGGAUACCGAAGGGAGAGUUGACGGCAACCUGACCCUGGGCGGUGUGCUGAUUUUCAUUCGCCACGGAGACAGGGGCCCUUUAACGCACAUACGAAACAUAAGUAACAUCAAUUGCGGCGGCGAAGUCGGCAGUGCGACGGAAUUGGAGACGAUCUACGAAAAUUACGUGAAUUUCGUGCAGAACGUGUCGAGUUACUCCAAGACCGCCUGGGCUCAGUUUCUGGGACCGUUUCACGGGCUACCCAUAUUGCCGGCGAACGCGCGCGAUUGCAAAAUCGGCCAGUUAACCACGUUGGGUAUCCUGCAAUUGCUGAAAACCGGAAUCUUGCUGAGAAACGCGUACUACCACAAGCUGAACCUCGGCAACAGUACUUCCUUCGGCAAGGACAUCAUCGUCUACAGCACUUCCUACCGGAGGACUGUACAGAGCGCUGUUGCCUUGCUUUACGCGCUCUUCGAGAAUGACGGCUUCCAGAGCCUGGCGAGGAUCAGCCUGCAGGAGAGUCAGAGCUACGCGUUUUGCAACAACGAGUGCGCCUGUCCCGCCGCCGAGAAGUUCUUGAAGCAAUACUUGAAGGAGACCUCCAGCCACCUGAAAUCUCAUCCGGCCGUCGGCGAGCUGAUCAGGCAGGCGGCGAGUGCGGUGUUCGAGCUUCCGGAACAAGCGCAGAACUGCGAUCCCAACACGCUGAGGGACGCGUUAUUGACGUACGUGUGUCACGGGGCCUCGCUGCCGUGCGCGGACCUCGACACGCAACGGACGUGCGUGAAGAGCGACCACGUAACCGGGCUCUUCGCCUACACGGACUGGGAGUCGAAGCAGGUCGCCAAGAGCAGCAGCCGCAUCAAGUACGGGCUGCUGAAGGCGUACGGGAUGCUGCGCGGUAUCGUCACCUUCAUGCUGCGCAUCAUCUCCGAGGCGAGGCCCAAGGUCGUCUUCUACUCCGGCCACGAUAAGACCUUGGAGUACCUCGCCACGGCCCUCGGGAUAGUCUCGGAUAUGGCGACACACUACGCCUCUAGGCUCGUCAUCGAGGUAUACAAGAUCAAUCCGCGAAACGACAAUCGUCUGGCCAGCGACUUCUACUUUCGCGUGGUCGCCAACGGCCGAGACCUCACCCCGAAGAUCCCGUUCUGCAAGAACGCCAACACCUACAGCGACGACGGCGAGCAGACGGGCAGGAAGGCCGUCAAGCUGUGCCCGAUAGAGAACAUCGUCAGGCAACUGCACGACGACUACUUCGUGCCGUUCAACGCGACCAACUUCAAGGACGCUUGUUCGAGCCACAAGAUGCGUUAGAAUCCGCGACGAGAAUCGGACGCGUUAAAGGGAAUUGACGGAAAUUCAUUUUGGUGAUCUUACAGAAAAGAAGACGGAAAGAGACACGUCGUCUCCUCGAAGUCGAGACUCGAAGUUUUCACAGUUUUGGAUUACCCUUUAUCUCUUUUUACUCUCGAUAUAUUAGCGCACACACUUAGCGACGUAUCCGAAUGCCAAACGUGAAAUAGAGAGGACGAGUGUCACUUUAAUAUACCUUAAUUCUAAGCGAGGGCGAUUGUCCCUUCUUAACGAUCCCGAUUGGGCGCCGUCUUAGAGGCGAAACUAAUCCGUAGGAAGUAGGAAGGAAUAGAGUUAGCAGAUCCGAUAAACUGCAGGACUAAUCACUGUUCCGCGAGAAGUUUCAAACUUCACGAAAUGAAUUUUUACCGAUUCUUUUUAACUCACUUUUUGCAUGCUAGACGAAUGCUCGAUCGAGUGGGUCGAACACAUUUCCGACUUAAGCACGACGUGCGCGGUUAUAGACUUAAAAAAAUACUAAACUAACGUGAAAGUAAUUAAUAUUGACAUUCGAGAAAAAUGUCUCAGAAGAUAUAAUCUUUUUUGAUCUUCCUGAUAAACUUCUCUUAAUUUGUUAGUUCGGUUGAAUAUACGGGACUUGAAAACUAUUUCUCCGAGAUAAAGCAGAAAGAUAUUUUCCAUUUCCAUUAUUUCGUAACGCUCAAACACCAAACUUUCUCACUAUUUCGCUCUUUAUCUCUUUUUCUUUUUCUCCCUUCCUCUCUCAUUCUAUCUUAUUUCUACUACAUUCGAGAUAAAAUAUAUGAUUUGGAUUUUCACACACAUACACACACAUACUUGCUAUACAAACGCACAGUUAUAAAAACUUAAGAACAAUUGUCGCAAGAAUUAUAUGAGCAAAUUGCAGAAAAUUAAGAGAAAGGGAAUAUAUAAAUUGUCAUCUCUUAGCAAGGAGCAAGCCUUAUCUUUAUAGAUUACAUUUAAGAUUUUAAUGUACGUUUAGACAAAUCCAGGGAAGAGGUAGCGCUAACGAACCGAUUA